AUGGACUGGAUACACAUCUACAUUGUCGGCGCGGCCUUCUUGGUCUUUGGUCUCAUUGGCCUCGUGCUCCUUAUUUCAUCCCAGAAGGUCAAGCUCGACUUUGACCAUGGAGCUCUCUCGUACGUCAAGUUCUUCUGGGCGAGCUUUCUCAAACCGCAUGAUCGAAGUGCAGAGGGCCAACAAGGUGCCCUGGAAAGUUUCUACAAGGCUCAGGCUUCCGUGUACGAUGCGACCCGUCAUCGACUGCUCCGAGGCCGGGAAGAUAUGUUGGGUCUGGUCGCCGCUCAAUUGAAGUACAAGGUGGAGAACAGAGAUAUCAAGGCCGGCAAAGCAGUUUGGGUAGAUGUUGGUGGUGGUACUGGAUAUAACAUCGAGGCCAUGUCUGCUUAUCUUCCUGUGGACAAAUUUUUUGAUCAGGUCUACCUUGUCGAUCUUUCUCCCUCCCUCUGCGAGGUGGCUCGCCAGCGUUUCGAGCGUCUAGGUUGGAAGAAUGUCACUGUCCUAUGCCAGGAUGCUCGAUCCUUCCGCCUGCCCGAGAGACAGGUGGAUCCCAAAUCGUCCAACAGCGCCACGACAGACCGUGCCGACCUGAUGACAAUGAGCUACAGUUUGUCAAUGAUUCCUGACUACUACAGCGUUGUCGAUUCAUUGACGUCUCGAUUGAAGCCAACUGGUCUGCUUGGUGUCUGCGAUUUCUAUGUCCAAAAUAUCGUCGACGUCUCUUGUCGAAACUACACUGGCGGUGCCUUCAACCGUCACGUGAACUGGCUGAGCCGAGCUUUUUGGCGUGCCUGGUUUGACUUUGAUCGCGUGAACUUGGAAGCGGCUCGUCGCGACUACUUGGAGUACAAGUUCGGAACAGUCAUCUCGGCAAGCGAGCGAAACUACGCUCUCGGCGGAAUUCCCUACUACAUUUUUGUGGGCUGCCCAAAAGAGAUUGCAUCUGCCCCGUCCAGCCACGCCACCAUUGAGAAGCUCGAUGCUUCUUUCACCGAGUCUCCCUAUCUGCACCCCACAACUCACCAGCAAGAAGCCUCUCAGGCCGUCGAAAAGAGUACGAGCGAGAUUCGAUCCAAGGCAUAUGAGUCGGCCGUGGUCAAUCUGAGCGCCAACUUGCCCCUGCCCUCCUCCUUCUACCAAAACCACCACUACCGCAUUCACUACAAUGACAUGCUUUCGAAGCACACCCAAUUCAAGAAUGAGUAUAUCUACGCUUUCACUUGGGAGGACCCGCGUGUUGACCACCGCCUCUUGAACAUUGGCCCGGAUGAUGUUAUUUUGGCCAUCACGAGUGCUGGCGACAACAUCCUGGACUAUCUCCAGAAGAAUCCUCGCCGGGUGCAUGCCGUUGACCUCAACCCCAAUCAGAAUCACCUUCUGGAGCUCAAGGUAGCCAGCUACAUGGCGCUGGGUCAUCGGGACAUGUGGAAAAUCUUUGGCGAAGGAAAACACCCCCAAUUCCGCGAACUUCUCAUUUCCAAACUCAGCCCUCAUCUGUCCAGUCAGGCAUUCCAGUACUGGACAGAACACGCCCACGUCUUCACUUCCAGAUUCGGUCGCGGACUCUACGAGACUGGAGGAUCCCGCCACGCGAUCCGCAUGGUCCGCUACCUGUUUAACAUGUUCGGGCUACAAGGAGAGGUGGAGAAGAUGUGUUCCGCGCAAACUCUGGCUGAACAACGGGAAAUCUGGCCGCGCAUUCGGCGCAUUCUCCUCAGCAAGCCCUUGAACUGGGCCAUCGUUAGCACCGAAUGGUUUGCCUGGAAAGCGGCAGGUGUGCCACGGAAUCAGCGAAACAUGAUUGUCGAUGACUUUUUCCGCCGCAAUGGAUUGACAACGGAAAUGAAGCAGGGCAAGGACAUCAGUGGGCAGUCGAUUUGGGAAUACGUGGUGGACACACUAGACCCGGUGGUCAAUGAGACUCUGAUCAGCAACGACAAUUACUUCUAUUACCUUUGCAUGCAAGGUAAAUUCUCGCGCCGCUGCCACCCGACCUACUUAUCCCCACAAGCCCAUGUGAAGAUGUCCACACCAGGAGCCUUUGACGGUCUUCGAAUCCACACCGACGAGAUCAACGAGGUGAUCAACCGUAUCACCCCGGGUACACUCACCAUUGCCGUGGUUAUGGACUCAAUGGAUUGGUUCGACCCAGCCGGCGAUGCAGCCCCCGCACAAGCCCGCCGAUUCAACGCUGCUCUGAAAAAGGGCGGCCGUAUUCUUCUUCGCUCAGCCAGUAUCGACCCCUGGUACAUCAAACACUUCGAGCAGAAUGGAUUCUCUGCGCGUCGAGUCGGGGCCCGUUUCCCGGGUACUUGUAUUGACCGUGUCAACAUGUACGCCUCGACGUGGAUCUGCACCAAGACGGAAGACGUGGCUCGUCCCAAGAACGCACGUACCAUUUCUUCCUUGUCCCUGAGUGAUGCGACCGUCGGUAAGACGAGACGGUCAAGUAGUGUGGAAGAUUUACAGAUCUGA